AAAUAAACUCCCUCAGGUCCAAGGAAGAGCAGAAACUAUAAAUACCCCCGAUGUGUUCAGACGGCAGUGGUGCUGGAAGAGCGGAACAACACACCGCCGCGUGGCUCGUGGACUGGAGAUGAAAAGCGACAUCCAAGUGUGAUACAGAUCACAGGGCUGGGGGAGACUUCUGUCACUUCAUCAACUAGAGCAUAAUCUGCCGCUCAUUUAUCGGUACUGAAGAGGCUUUUUUUUACUGAAAGAAGAUGUAUUUAAGAGCGCGAUCAGUCCUCCUGCUGUUGUGCGUCUUCCGUGCGUCGCUCUCAAAAGGGUACGAUUCGGAGGACGUUGUGCCUGUGCGGAUCAAUGGGAGAAUCAGUGGGCGCUUUUGGAAGAGGAGUGAGGACCAGCCCAAGAUUUUCUUCAGUGCCUUCGGUAAGGACCUGACCCUGAGCCUCGUCCCUGACACCAGCUUUAUUGCGCCUUCCUUCAGCAUCCAGCGCAUAAAAGCCAGAAAGGUGUCACGCGGAGCUUCAGAUACCGACCUCAGCAAAGCUAUGAACUCAACGGUUGCCAGUGAAGCUCCCCUGAGAAAUUGCUUUUACUCUGGAAAGGUGGAUGACGACGAAAACUCCGUCGUUGCCGUCAGCCUGUGUACAGGUAUUUUUGGCUCCUUCAUAACAGACGGCAGCGAGUAUUUAAUUGAGCCGAAACAGCGCACCGACUUCGGAAUUGACUCCGUCCAGCAGCUGCAUGUCAUCAAGAGGAGGAGGAUGACCGAAAGGUAUGAUGUCCCUCUCCGGUUCGAUCAGACAGCGAAGGACACACCAGAGGAAACACUCGGUGGGGAAACAUUGGAGUGGAGUGACGCACACAGGGAACCCCGCCGGAGACGCUUCGUCUCAUCUCCACGGUUCAUCGAGACCCUGGCAGUUGCCGACGCCUCCAUGACCCACUUCUAUGGAGACGAAAUAAAGCACUAUCUCCUGACAUUGCUGUCAAUGGCCGCCCAGCUGUACAAACAUCCAAGCAUAAAGAAUUCAGUGAACUUGGUCGUGGUGAAGAUGUUGGUUGUUGAGGAUGAGGAGGUUGGUCCUGAAGUCUCCAGCAAUGGACAUGUCGCGCUGAGGAAUUUCUGCUCAUGGCAGCAGCUCUUCAAUCCACCAAGCCAGAGGCAUCCAGAGCAUUACGACACUGCAAUGCUCUUCACCCGAGAGGAUAUUUGCGGACCGAGGAGUUGCGACACGUUGGGAGUUGCUGAUGUUGGAACAAUGUGUGACCCCAAGAGAAGCUGCUCUGUGAUUGAGGACAACGGCCUCCAAGCAACCUUCACAGCUGCUCAUGAGCUCGGCCAUGUGUUGAGUAUGCCUCACGAUGACUCCAAGAACUGUGAGAGGCUGUUUGGAGAUCUUGGUGGACAUCACCUGAUGGCUCCUGUCUUUGUCAGUCUGGAUAAAACAACACCGUGGUCUCCCUGCAGCGCUCUCUACAUAACUGAGUUCUUCGACAAUGGACAUGGGGACUGUCUGCUGGAUACACCAGAGAACACUAUGCCUCUACCGCAAGAGCUGCCAGGGACCAAAUACAGCUUGGACCAGCAGUGCCAGCAGAUUUUUGGAGAAGAAUUCAUCCAUUGUCCCAACACUUCAGACAGUGACAUUUGUAGCCAGCUUUGGUGUCAGGAGGAUGGAACUUUACAGUGCUCCACGAGGAAUGGAAGCUUGCCUUGGGCUGAUGGUACUCCGUGCAGCACUAGUGGGCGGUGUCUGGACGGCGUGUGCAUGCCCACCCAGGAGGUGAUGCAGCCUCUGGUGCUUGUGGAUGGUGGUUGGAGCGUGUGGGGACCGUGGUUACACUGCUCCAGGACGUGCGGUGGAGGGGUGGAGUUCUCUUACAGGGAGUGUACCGAUCCUGUGCCUCAGAACGGAGGAAAAUACUGUGAGGGACAAAGGGUUCGCUACCAGUCCUGCAACAUAGAGCCCUGUGAGGACAACGGCAAGAGUUUCAGAGAGGAGCAGUGCGAGAGGUAUAACAGCCCAAAUUACCUGGACCACAACGGCAAUACAAAACACUGGAUACCAAAGUACACUGGAGUGUCUCCACGAGACCGAUGUAAACUUUUCUGCAGAGCUCGAGGCAGCAGUGAAUUCAAAGUGUUUCAGUCCAAGGUGAUUGAUGGAACAACCUGUGGUCCUGACACCACUUCUGUCUGCGUCCAAGGCCAGUGUGUGAAAGCAGGGUGUGACCAGGUGAUUGGAUCCAGCAAGCGCAUGGAUAAAUGUGGUGUGUGUGGAGGGAGCGGACUGACAUGCAGAAAGAUCACUGGCUCUUACAAUAGAGCAACCUACGGGUACAGCGACAUUGUGACCAUUCCUAUCGGUGCAACGAACAUUGACAUUAAGCAGAGAAGCCACAGAGGAAUCAAACACGAUGGAAACUAUCUUGCUGUGAAAAGCGAGAGUGGCGGUUACAUCCUCAAUGGUAACUUCUCAGUUUCAACAGUUGAGCAAGACAUUCCCGUGCUGGGGGCAGUGCUGAAAUACAGCGGCUCGUCCACCACACUGGAAAGGCUCCAAAGCUUCAUGCAACUGAAAGAAGCCAUUACAGUCCAAAUCCUGGCCACUGCCGGUGAUGACAACCCUCCCAAAGUGAAAUAUACCUUCUUUAUCCCCAGAGAUAUGACUUUUAGCAAGUCCAAAGACAAGCAGGGUUCACCCAUGUCUUCCCAUGUGAUACAUCCAUUUGGCAUGCCGGACUGGGUGCUUGGAGAGUGGUCCGCAUGCUCCAAAAGUUGUGGUUCUGGGUGGACGAGGCGAAACGUCGAGUGUAGAGACAAUGCCAACUUCCCUUCCAGCCUGUGUGACAAAGAAUUGAGGCCAGCCGAUAUCCGGCCAUGUGGUGACCUGCCAUGUCCCAUAUGGCAAAUGGGACCGUGGUCUGCUUGUUCACGAACUUGCGGCGCAGGGCAACGGCGUCGCAGUAUCUUUUGUUUGGACUAUACUGGGAAGAUGGUGGAGCCAGAGAAGUGUGACCCAAACAAAGCCCCCCAGCCUGUCUCUGGAGAGUGUUUCAACCAAGACUGCCUAUGAAGGCUAUUUUGGAUCCAAGAAAUCCUUCAUCAGUGGUUCUGACUGCACUUCAUCAGAGGUCAAGGGCAUUAGCCUUGUUUUUUUUAUUGACUCCUCAUAACCACUAUUGAAAUUCAACAUUGAAAAUCUACCUCAGGUUUGUUCAUAUAUUUUGUAUAGACUCUUAGGAGCGGUGCUGUGUUCAUGUUUUCUUCUGUAGGUUCUCGGGCCCUCUUUGAUUAGAAGUUCUCUCCAUCAAAUCUAGUUUUCUUCAGACAGAACCUUACUUGGUUAGCUGUCAGACAUAUUAUGGAGUGGGUGACAAUGAACCAGGUUAAAUAUGGCUUCAGUUUUUAAACAAUGUUGCACCUAAACAACAUGUGGUUAAGACAAAUGAUGAAACUAUCUUUGUUUGACAUACAUUCUGUUGCUUUUUUGUGAUACGAUGCAAGCAAAUGUCACAAAACAAUUUUGUCUCUCCAAUGUUGUAGACAAUUGUGUAUUCAAUUUUAUAUUAAAUCGGAGCUCAACAGGGUUCCGAACAGACAAUCCACAAUACGUCAUCUCUGAGGCUACAUAGUUCCAUUUUAUCAUGCUUUCUAUUUUGGGAUGCUUUGGUACAGUACGACUAAGUUAAGUGAAAUGUGUAUUAUGUAUCAUGUAUAUUAAAUACAAUGAUGAUUUGUGUAUGUAAAGCUGUUGUUAUCAAUCUUGGAUGUAUAUUUGAUUUUCCAUUCCUCUUGUUUUUACAGUCUGUAAAAGAGCAAAGGAAAUGGUGUAUUGGGCGUAUAUCCCUUCAGUGAAGGAUCAUGCUAUGGUCAUUAUGAUUAUUAUUAAUAUUAUAGCUUCCAUUUUAAGCUAUUUAUUUUGUGAAGAUUUGUCAUGGACAUUGAAUGAUUAUGGCAAAU